UAUGACAAGUCACCUUCAUGUAUAUUUCAUAAUUCAAUAAGUAGCUUCUCCUAGCUGUUCUUUGAGCUUUGUUUUGAGAGAUGGAGGAGGUUUUAGUAAGGGAAUAUGAUGAGGAAAGAGAUUUUAAAAUGGUGGUGGAACUUGAGAAGAGCUGUAAGACUACAGCAUCUCCUAGUAAUGAAGGAAUGUCUAUACUUUCUAAUAUGAUGGGAGAUGAUCCUUUGUGCAGAAUUAGGCUCUACCCUCUUCAUGUUUUGCUGAUUGCGGAGAUACUGAGUGAAGGAGAAAUUGUUGGCAUUGUUCGAGGAUGCAUCAAGUAUGUGGAAAUUGGAGUUCAUGAAAGGCGGAGACAAGUCACAAUGGGUUCAAUACUAGGCCUCAGGGUAUCUCCCACUCAUAGGCGUAAGGGUGUAGGAGUAAAGCUUGUCCAAUCAAUAGAAGAAUGGUUGAGUAAGAAUGGGGCAACUUACACAUUUGCUGCCACUGAGGAGAACAAUGCAGCCUCCACAAAUCUCUUCACUCUCAGACGCAAUUACAUAAAAUUAAGCUCCCUAUCCAUAUUUGUUCAACGCCUAAAUCCACCUCUUGAUGAUCUACCAGAAGGCGUAAAUUUUGAGCAGUUGCCUACUGAUCAAGCCAUUUCUUUCUACCAGACACGUCUCGGGGCCAAAGACAUGUAUCCUACAGAUAUUGACAUGAUUUUGAAGGAGAAACUUAGCCUUGGCACAUGGUUAUGCCACUUUAAAGAGGAUAAUGUGAAGAUUAAUCAUAACGACAACAAAAUUACCGGAGACUCAUGGAUGAUAUUCAGUAUUUGGAAUACUUGUGAAGCUUAUAAGCUUCAAGUAAAAAGAACUAAUCAUCAUUCAUCACCAGUUUACCAUGCAAUCGAAGAUGAUGAAGAAAACCCUAAAAAGAUGGCAUGCGACUCGAUUGAGAAACCCUUUGGAUUUCUCUUCCUCUUCGGGCUUCUUGGGGAGGGAGAUCGACUUGGGGAGCUUGUGAAAACUCUCUGGAGCUUUGCAUUGCAGAUAGCUGAAAAUGUGAAGGAUUGCAAGGCAAUAGUAACUGAAUUAGGUUUCUCGGAUCCUAUUCGAGAGCAUGUUCCUGAAGAAGUCUCUACAGCAUGCAUUGAUGACUCCUGGUAUGCAAAAAAGAUCAAUAAUAUCAGCAGUGAAGAUGAUGAUUUAGUUUUGAAAGGAGAGUUGGGGAAUGUGUUUGUUGAUCCCAGAGACUUCUAAUAUUAGACUACUGCAUAUGCCUGCAUGAAUAUACAUUUAGACUAGCUAGCUAGAAAUAUUGGUCAUCGGUUAGUUGAUUAAAUGAUUAAUCAUGUAUUAUCCUCUGUGUGUUGAUGCAAUUGUACUACU